AGUUUUGGACUGUCUGCGUCCAGCACUGCAGCUGUCGGUUGUCUGUCGUUGUCGGGAGUACACCUCUUUCUCGCCAUCUUGGCAAUAAUCUCUCGACUCGCGUGCCUCGCUGUCUCUUGCCUACGUUGUGUUAUAGUGUUUUAAUGCAAGAAGAAGAAAAAAAGGUUACUUGAUUGACUUUAAAAUAGAAUAUUCUAUUGUGCAUGUGACAUAACGUCCCAAAAAAAAAUCCAUCAUGUCGCGAAGUUUUGUGAAUUCUUCGGGAUUUACAGUUUCGAGUGCAGCGGCUGCGGCGGCCGCUGCAGCUGCAGCUGUGUCGGCGGCGAUAGCUAAUGGAAUUCCGUACUCACCCACCAAUAAUUCAUCCAAGAAACGCGAAAAUGAAGAAGCGGAGAAGGAAUCUAGAGAGGAACGUCGUAAGAGGAGGAAAUCCAGAUGGGGUGGAAGCGAGCAUGAAAAGAUCUUCAUUCCAGGAAUGCCCACUGUUCUACCCACCAACCUCACCCCAGAGCAGGAGAAAGCUUACUUGUACCAACUACAAAUUGAAGAAAUCAGCAGAAAAUUGCGUACAGGAGAUCUUGGAAUAUCAAUUAAUCCAGAAGAAAGAUCGCCCUCGCCCGAGCCAAUUUACAGCAGCGAUGGCAAACGGUUAAACACCCGAGAGUACCGGACUAGAAGAAAAUUGGAAGAAGAUCGGCAUAAUCUCAUACAGAAGAUUUUGAAGAUCAAUCCUGAAUUCAAACCUCCACCAGAUUACAAGCCUCCCAUCAUUCGAGUCAACGAUAAAGUUAUGAUCCCUCAAGAAGAGCAUCCGGACAUCAAUUUUGUAGGACUGUUGAUUGGACCACGUGGAAACACUCUGAAAUCUAUGGAAAAAGAGACUGGGGCUAAAAUUAUUAUUCGAGGUAAAGGCAGCGUAAAGGAAGGCAAGGUGGGUCGUAAAGACGGCCAGCCACUACCUGGCGAGGAUGAACCUCUGCACGCUUACAUUACAGCUAACAAUGUCGAGGCUGUAAAAAAAGCAGUCGAAAGGAUUCACGAAAUUAUUCGUCAAGGCGUCGAGGUACCAGAGGGUCAGAAUGAUUUGCGACGCAAUCAGUUGCGCGAAUUAGCCUUGCUCAACGGUACUCUGCGCGAGAACGACGGUCCACGCUGCACCAAUUGCGGCGCCAGCGAUCACAAAUCUUGGCUCUGCCCGGACAAACCGAACGUUACCAAUAACAUCGUGUGCUCGAGUUGCGGGGGCGCCGGACACAUAGCGCGCGAUUGUCGUUCGAAGCGACCGGGCCUGGGCGGACCCGCUGCCGCGGCCAAUCAAGCCACCGGUGACAAGGCCAAAAUCGACGAGGAGUACAUGUCAUUGAUGGCUGAACUAGGAGAAGGACCAGCUCCUCCGAAAACCAGCAAUAGCAAUUCGAACGCGAAAACGACGACCACCACGAGUUAUCCGCUGUUCGAUAACCGAAACGCGACUCCUCGAGCUCUGAUGGCGGCACCGGCUCAUCCACCGCCGGGCAUGAUGCAGGCUGGACCCCCACCCAGCAUGAUGCCUCCGCCACCAGGCAUGGCGCCGCCGUGGCAGCAGCAGGCCGACAUGAACGGCAUGCAGGGAAUGGCUCAGCAGUGGGCGCAGCAGGCCGCUAUUCCACCGCCACCGGGUAGCAUGCCGCCGGCCUCGAUGGCACCGCCGCCCGUGAGCAUGCCACCACCGCCCGGUGUCAUGGCACCGCCACCGCCGCCGCCUGGCGCAGGCUCGCAGCCGCCCCAGGGCAUACCGCCGCUGAUGCCGUGGAUGACGCAACCCGGCGCUCAGCCGCCACCGCCCGGCCAGAUGGUUCCGCCACCUCCACCAGGCCAGAUGCAGAUGGGCCCGCCAGGUAUGGGUUUGCCGCCUUGGCAGCAACCUAGUCAACCGCCUGCCCCGGGCCAAGUUCCGCCGCCUCCUCCACCGGGUCAGCAGCCGGUGCCACCGCCUCCGGGCGGAGUGCCGCCGCCUAGCAUGCGGCCUCCUCCCCCGGGUACCGUGCCGCCGCCUGUGAGCGCCCCCAUGGCAUACGGAGGUGGUUGGGGUCAGCCCGCACCACCGGGUUGGCCUCCGGCCGCCCCGGUUCCUCCACCGCCGCCGCCGCAGCAUUCGACUACUGCUGCACCCCCGAGUAUGCAGUUGGACAGUUUAUCCGAUUUACUAGCUCAACCGCCACCGCCACCACCUCCUUCCGGCACUUGAAGGGACCAUAGACUUGGAUCUGUGACGCGGAUUGUGUGGAUGUUGAACUGUAGGUUGACACAUUCGACUAAUGUAAUUCGAAAUACCGCUAAUUCAAACAAGAAAAUUAACUAACUAAUUCGAUUUGUUAAAACAGUUUUACAUACUCUGCGAUAAGGAAAUAAUAGGUUUUUGUAAAAUAUAAUUAAUUUUAAGAAUAAUUAACCGAAGUAAGCAUGAAUUCGGUUUAUGAAGUUGCGAUUGUAAUUAUUCAUGUAUACAAUAAUCUCUUUUUUUGAUCAACUAUAGCGAACCGUGUGCAGUUCCUGUAAAUUUUUGACCCAGAAGUGUUAUUUGAUAGAAUUAGGUUUAUCGAUUCUAAAAUCAAUGAUUUAUUCUUACUCUACGAGAUGUGAUUGUGUCGCGUAAAAUGAAUUAGGUAUAUAAUAAAAAAAA